CCGCUGCCCUCGGAACAGUUCAAGGGCGAUGGGGGCCUAUUCACGCACAUCCCAAAACACAAGCGAUCUGUCACAAUUCAAGGUUCGACUUGCACCCUGUCCUGCGGACGCAACAAGCACAACCGCUUGUACACCAAUACGCCCACACGGUCCCUCUCUCGCUCGUUACCUGCAGUGAACCUCGAUAUAUAUCUCUGGCUCGACAUCCAAACACUCAACUCUCUGUAUCGAAUCAACCUCGAUCGAAAACCAUCUCAUACAAUCUCUCAUGCAACUACGACAAUCAUAGACAUAAGCUUGAGCUCUUCAGCUUGAAACCUUCCUGGUCCUCGUCCUCUGCCUCGCUUCUUCCGACACUCGACUUUCACGACAUCUCGACAUUCCGCUGUUCGAACCCACUCUCAUUCCAUCAAAACAACACGAACCACCUACAUCAUGUCUAGCCAAUCAUGCUACUCUCCCCUACCUGCUCUCGCUUUCGAGGACCGCAUUCAUCCUGCGUCGUUAUCGAAAUGCGGCAUUCACGAUCCGGCUCUUCUCGAGUUCAUCCGGACAGAGGUCUCGCGUGAAUUGAUUUAUUUCUUGUCGGAUAAGACCAACGAGAUCAUCAACUCCUGUCAGAUUGUUCAGAUCGACAAGCGGACCGGUCAACCCAUCCCAUCCCCCUCGAUGGAAUCCAUCGAGGCCGAGCUCGCCGCCCUCGGCCUACCGACAUUAGACGACUUUGUCGCGCAUGUUAUCGAGGCUUCCAACGUUCAAAUCCCCACUCUCAUCACCACCGUUGCCCUUCUCGAGCGAUUGAGGGGUCGUCUACCGAAGGUCGCCAAGGGCAUGGCCUGCACGCGACACCGAGUAUUCUUGGCUACCUUGAUCUGUGCUGCCAAAUACGUCAACGACUGCUCGCCCAAGAACAAGCACUGGUCGAAAUACUCGAGCAUCUUUAGCUUGCCCGAGGUCAACCUUAUGGAGAAGCAACUGCUCUUCCUGCUCGACUUUGACCUGAACGUCACCGAGACUGACAUUGUGCAGUACUUCGAGCCGUUCUUGUCGCAAUACUGCUUCGAGCCAUCAGCACCCUCUUCUCCCGUCGUCGAACAGACCCCCGUGUUCGAGACCGUGCCCAUCGCCGCGACCAUUCCGCAAGAGCUGGCUCAAUAUUCUGGUCGCAAGGUCCGAACCGUCACUCGUGGUGAUGUCACCUACACCCACCCUGGCAUGGACCGAUCGUCCUCGUGCUCGUCGUUGGAGUCGGUCACUUCCACCAUCAUCCAGACACCUCCCGGUUCCCCGGAGAUGCCCGCUCGCAUGGCCUACGCAAAACCCGCCGUCCACAAACAAGUGCAGCGUAUCUCUCCUCUCGAGUACCAAACUCAGCAGGUCAAGACCGGUGCCAUUCACCCAUCUCACCUCGCUGCUCCUCCACCCGUCACCAUCGCCGGCGAGGCUCCUGGCUUUCUGGAGCGAUUGAUGAGGAUGCACGGACGCCGAAAACCCAUGCCCGCCACACAGAGUUACGACGAGGUCGACGCCAUGACGACGCUCAUCCAGCACGGCAUGGCUAUCUAGACCCAUCAUUCAACGAUCCCACAAAAAAAAGGGCAACAACACGCACGCUUUCUGAUGUCUCAGCGACAAUGGCCUUUUCGACUUUCAGGCUUUACGACGAAUCAUUCUCACCUUACGGCCGCCAAUCCAUCUGUAUCAAAUCAGGGUUUCCCUCGGACAAUUUUCAAAGGUGUAGCAAUCACGAACUUGAUGUAUAUAGAAGACGUUCCC